GUCGGCACUCGGUCCGCUGCUCUGAGUGAGCGACGAUGCCUCUGGGAGGAGCAGUUGCCCUGGCCACAGAGGUCUACGUGCGGACCUACAAAUGGAUGGACAACCUGUUCAACUACGUUUUCAUCAAGCCUUCCACGAUGCCGCUCUACGAGCCCGACUUGCCGUUCGAGGAGGCCACCUUCGGUAUGGGCUGCUUCUGGGCGCCAGAGUCGAUGUUCGGCUGCUCCAAAGGGGUGCUCAGGACUCGGGUCGGCUUUGCAGGCGGGGCCAAGAAAGACCCGACCUACCGUUCUUUGGGUGACCACACGGAGGUAACUCGCGUCGAAUACGACCCCGAGGUGACCAACUUUAAAGAGCUGUUGGAUCUGUUUUGGGCCCAUCACAACCCUACCAAGGACUCUUCAAUGACCCAGUACAUGUCGGCCAUCUUCUACCACGAUGACGCGCAGAGAAAGGCUGCAGAGGACUCACUCAAAACUACGCAGAAGGGCUUCCGGGCACCUGUGGUCACGAAAAUACUCAAACUGGAAAUCUUCUACGAUGCUGAGGAGUAUCACCAGAAGUACCGCCUUCAGAGACAGACAGCGCUCUACAAGAGCCUGCAAGACUCUGGCAUGAAGGAUGUCACCAAGAGUCAUGUAGCGACGCGACUGAAUGGCUACGUGGGGGGUUUUGGCACGAUGGAAGCCUUCGAGGCCGAAUGGCAGCAACUGGGGCUGUCCAGCGAGCAGGCCAACGCAGUCCGUGCCCUUAUUCGGAAGGGGGGCUCCAAGUGAAUCGUUUAUCGGUCGGGGGUUGGUGCGCGGUUGAAGCAGAGUCGAAAGGACUGAAUCGCAGCCGCCCCAAAGUGCUGAGUGUUACAAUGAGUGCCAGCGUUAUUAAAAUUUGCUCUUCAUUUUUUU